AUGCAAGCCGACACAUGCGGGCGCUCUGAGUCGUUGCUCGAGGAGAGCAUGCCAGCAAAGCGGCCCAGGCAAGAGGACGUGGGCCUCCGCGGUGACGUUUCGGGGCGGGUAGCGACGGCCGUACCGGAGUUUCCUGGCGCCGACCUCGGCGAAGAAGGUGUUCGGCGCGCUUUUAACAUAAAUGAUUGCAGUAGCGACAGAUCUUCUUCGCUUUCAUCAACUAUGGAAACCGCGACGACUUCGUCUUCAUCUUUUUCGUCGCGCUCCCUUUCGCCAGUUUCUCUCCACACACUCCCAAUUCCACUCCAGAUUCUGAAUCCCAUAGAGAGCGGCAAUAAUAGUCGUGUGUUUUUGGCGCGCAGGGUUUCUGGAAGUGAAUUUACAGUUGCUGAAGAACGUGAGGCAGCUCCUCGGAAAAAGCAACACGCCUUACUUUACCCAGCUCUGCAAUGCAGCGAAGGCGAUUGGGAUGGGACCGAUGCUGGAAAGGCCACAACAACAGAAGGCGCAUGCAUGGCAGUGAAGUUUGUCUCGUCAUCGUCUCGUCAUGUGCAACGUGAGAUAUUUUGCUUAAGGCAUUUGGAAAGCUUUCGUGGGGAAGCGAAGGCAGGGGCGCACGGUGAAGUUACUGAGGCCGCUAAUGACGGUCCGUCCACUGCAUCUUUGCUUACGCCUACGCAUCCAUUACCACCCCCUUCCCCCAAGCUUUUUUUUACUCAGGAGUUAGGGAAAUAUGUCGCAAUUGGCCUAGAGCUCCUGGGCCCCGACCUGUUUGCCUUCACAGAGCGGUUCAUCUUGCAUGAGGAGGAGCUCUGCCUCGUGGGGAUUGAGCUCUUGCGGGCGCUUAGCGCGAUUCACCAGCGGGGCGUGACCCACCGCAGCGUCAAACCAGAGAACUUCUGCUGGAACUUCAAGGAAAUUCUAAAUGGUAAUGUGAAUAAGUCUUUAACUUGGCAUGGCGCUAACGGUACACCAAGCACCGUUGCAUGCACUUCCUUUUUCAUGUUUAAAAUCAUUGACUAUGGCCGUGGUAGUGUCGGCGUUGGUGCCUCUCCCUCCACGACUUCCUUGUACGAACGACCCUACAGGGGGUGGUGGCAUAGUCGACGUGGCUUUUUGGGGAAGCCAAUGGGGCAGAAGGAUGACCUGAUGGGGGUCGUGCACACCAUUGGGUACCUUCUGGAUGACUACGGGAGCAAUGAGGGGAACUCGAGUGCGUCGUCGCGAUCGUCCUCCGCGACGCGCACAGACAACUCGCAGUGUGAUCUCACCGCCACGACCAUACCAGGCACUACUGUGACGACUCCAUCGUUUCUUGCUGGCGAGGUGUCUGCGGAAGCUUCUGUCGCGGCUCAUCGUCGCAGCGACAAAUACGGAGGUAACCGACAACAACCUGUGAGAAGGGAUACUCGUGAUACUGCUUCAAGGGACAGGCUUUCAAGCGAUGAAGGUGCUUCGAGGCCGCAUGGACGCUCGUAUUCAUCAUGGCGACGCCAUUUUGCCGACAGGAUUGCCAUUGCGUACGAGGCUGCGUCAAGGAAGUAUCACCGGCUUUAUGGCCGGAAUCAAAAGGAGGGAGGGACAUGCAGGCGCAAGAAAAAGGUGUCCCGGGUGGAGCACGACUCACUUGAUGGUGACGUUGGCCGGCGCAACGCCAGGCGGGCCUGGAUUGUCCGUCAUGUGGAGACCGAAUUUCUGCCGGCGAUGUUGCCGGAUCGCUACUACCCUUCCACCAUGCCGCAAUGGUGGGUGAAGUGGUUUGCCGCGUGCAACGCGUGGUGCGGCGAUGACACUGUGACGGCGGCGGAAAUGACGGCACGUAUGAUGCAGGAGCUGCAACGGCAGGUUGAGAAGAUGGGAGAGACCGUUCAGAGUGUGCGGCAGACCCUCCAGGAUCUCUAUCUGCGGUACCACGAGGGGGAGUAA